UUCGACAGGGGAUGUAAUCCAACAAUCACAAGAUGAGUGGAAAGCAGAAUCAGAAUGCCAAUCUUGAAGAUGCUUUGUUGUCAUCAUUGAAAGUGGGAGCCGUGAGUGGCUGCACUGGUCUUGUCUAUGGAGGCGCCGCUGGUGUUGUUCGCUCUCCGCAUCCAGUGAUUCAUUCCAUUUCAUGUGGUAUUCAUUGGUUUGCCUGCGGGACUACGUUCUGGUGGCUGAGGAGUAAUAUCCUAAACAUGCACUAUGAAGACAAGGCCACCCCGAAACAAAGGUCAUAUGUCAGCGCUCUUUCCGGCGGGAUUGCCGGAGGAGGAGUGACCAGACUGAUGGGAGGCCGUCUACUCCCAGGAACCAUCGUAUUUUCACUACUAGGUUUUGUCGGCCAAAGCGCCUUCAACGCAAUUGACACGUGGCAGAUGGAGCAGGCAAAUGUUCCAUCAAAACCGUUUCUCCAGCGACUGGCGGACUCGAAGUGGGUUCCUUUGAGGUCACUAUCAGAUGACGAUUACCGGGGAAUGUUGAAUGAGAAAGUGCUAAGCAUUGAGGCGGAAGUCGCACUCCUUGACGAGAAGAUUCAAGAACUGGAAAAGGCCAAGGCUGUUGGGACAGAGGGUGUGUCGAAAACGCGGGGUACUUAGACGGACGUUGAUACAUCAAGAACUUGGAUAUGGUGCAGAAACUCGCAGGUGUAUAUUAUAUUAAUGACGAUAGUGACUAACGAUGACUAGAUGUACAAUAAUAGAUGGAAAUCCUGAAGAUUAUUUUUAGUCAAGUAGUCGAAUCGACCACUACC